AUGGCGAUGUGCGUCAACUCCCUCUCCUCCUCCUAUUACGAUCGCAACCUCCGUCAAGGGCCCGCCCUGAUUAGAGCGCGCAAGCCCUACCUCGCAAAGAACCUCGCCGUCGGUGCCGGACUGUGGUGCUUCGUCGGCGCAGUGUAUUGGUACACCAUCAAGGCGGUCGGUCAAGAUGAGUUCGAAGAUGUCAAGGUUCCCGAUGCCCCGAGGCAGCCAGCAAAGUCCAACUAA